AUGGCGGAUGGCCAGGUGCUGCUCCCUUUACACAAGCUGGUGCUUUGUUUGGAGUGGCUGCCCACCCCAUCCCUCUUGGACGCUGAAGUAUGUUGCCAGGAGUUGAGGAUGCUCUCUUGGGGUUCGGGCCUUUUUCCCCAGCUGCAUCUGAAUGAGCUGAAUUUUUGGGGAUCUUUUCAGCCUCUGCUAGAAUGGCUGGAGAAGCGUGCAUCCUAUGCAUCGGGCCAGCUGAAGCACUUGGAAUUGAUCUAUCUAUUUCGUUUGCCCACCCUGACUGACAAACAUGUGCAUAGACUUCUCAAGUUGUGUCCAAAUCUCCGUGGUCUUAGCCUGUCGGGGAAUGAGGAAAACCUUACUGUUGCAGUCUUAGACGUCGUACGAGAGCUUCGACCUACCAAGUUGCAAGCGCUAUCAUUGCCGUCCUUGAGGGCCUCACACUUCAAGGUCGUUUGCACCUUACGCGCUUGUCCUGCCUUGACAAGGCUCGAGCUACCUUUUCACGCGCCCGUGACUUCGGCGAUUCUCACUUCGGAAGGGCUUCAGUGCCUACGAAUUUUUGGGCAGCUGCAUGAUGACCUCGCAGAUGUGAUUGCAAGUGGCAGGCUGACAAGGUUGGAGGAGCUGCAAGUCUCAGCUUGCCCCAGCUGGGUAAUUGCCUUGGCUGCGCGCAAAUGUCCUCUGAAAAUCAUUGGCAUUCCCGUGGACCCUCCUUGCACUCCACAAGAACUAGUUGACAUCAUCCAGGCCGCUGGUGAGCGACUCGAGUGCCUUCACGUUCCAAGGGUUGAGCCUUUUGGUGACGACCUUGGGAGACUGUUGGCCGCACAUUGUCCCAAUCUUCGACAACUGGAGGCCAAGAGCGAGAAUCUCUUGACCAACUUCGGAGUCUCAGAGCUGUUGCGAUCUUCUUCGCUAAAUACAUUGACGAUCGCCUUCAUGGAAAAUUCUCGCAGCUGCAAGCCAUGUCGAGAACUCCCAGUUCCAGCAAGUCCUCUCCGGCUGGAAGUGAGCUCUUGUGAGAUGCAAUCAGUCUCUGAGUCUCCCAUGGCCCAUUGGCUGAAUGGAAAUUUGCUGGCGCUCAAAUUGGAACGGCUUCCCAACUACACACCAUCAGAGGAAGAGAUUGCGAAGCUUCAGAAUGCGUGUGCGGGACUUUCUCGCUUGCGCUUGGCUCAUUUACCCCAACUGCCUAGCUGGGCCGUCAGUCGUUUCUUGCAUACACCGCUGCUGAGCCUAGAUUUGUGUACCUUGGAUCUCGAUAGUGAAGUGCUCCAUGAACUUCCUAAACUGGAGAAUCUGAAGGAACUGGUUCUUCAAAACCUCCACGUCUCGUCAGCGGCUGGGGCAGAAGAUGCACUCUUGAAUGUCAUCAGGCACUGUGAGCAGCUGAGAAAGCUGGACCUUUACUGCAUGAAUCGGGUCGUAACAGAUCGACUCUGCUUAGCAUUGAUGCACCGCAAUCGGUGCUGCCGCUUUGGCAGUGGUUUACGGUAUCUUCGUCUCGACCUGCGCUAUGGGCAAGCAUCCGAAGAGCUCUUGCAGGCCUUGAGGGCGACCUCACUCGUGCCCACGCGGAUCCGCAUUUCUCCCCAAGACAAAGCUCCACCGAUCUCCGUGCUGCCUCAAGUGGUCAGGUUACAAGCACAGAUGCGUGGCUCCCUGGCUAGAAGGCAUUUGCGAAGUAAGUGGUCCUUUUUAUCAAUCACCUCAACGUUUUGGCACAAGAUUCUACAAACUUUGGGCAGCUGCAUGGGUCGCGUCGGCGUGGUGUGA